GUUAUUUCGUGCUAGGAAUAAGAAAUUGUUAGUGAUCGCUUUCUCGAAGUGGUCAUUUGUUGAAAUGUAUGAUGUGAGGUUGAUUCAGUUGUCUUUCUAUGUUCUUUGUCUAAUGUACUUAAGCAUUGCAUGGGAUCAAAAGGUCAAGCUUGUGCAUUUACUUCUCUAAAUCUGUUUCAGUGUCUUUGGAGUUCAUAUGAAGACUUUCUUCGUCUCGUAUUCGCAAUGAAGUGUUUUUAUUGUUGUAUCGAUUUCUGAAACGAUAGCUCUCAUGAAUUCAAGAAUAUUAAAGGUCCUUAAAGAUUUCAGCUUCACCAUAGGAAUGGGUCAGUUUCUGUCCACACCUUCACCAAUGGAUGAAGAAAGUAUUCGGAAGGAAGUGAUACAUUUCCCAGUAGUUAUCUUCACAAUGCCAAGAUGUCCAUACUGUGUGAGAGCUAAGCAGUUACUAGAUAAGGAACGGAUCGAAUAUAAGGAAAACAACUUGGAUAUUCAUCAGCGUCGUUUCCCAGCUAACCAUCAGUCAUAUGUUAAUGGAUUAAUUAAUAUCACAAAGCAAACCUCGGUACCUCAGAUAUUUAUUUGUGGUGAUUUCAUUGGUGGAUUUACGGAAUUGCAGCAAUUAAAAAACGCUGGAAUGUUACUAAAUGCGAUUGCUAAAUGUCGAUCUUCUCCGGAAAAAAAAUUUCUCAUAGCUAUGCUUUUUAUGUGGUUAAAUUUUUCUUGAAAGGGUCUUCCUCAAUGAUUUUUUUCUUCCAUUUAGGAUUUUUAUGGUAAUUUUUUUUCGAGCUAUUCACAUGUAGUGCUUUUGUUUUCUCUUGAUUUAUGCCGCCUUUUUUCAAUGACAUAAUG